GUCAAGGCUACGUUAUAUGCCAUGAAAGCCGUUUGCAGUUGGACUAAAUGGCCAUGAAGAGCAAAUAUGCGAAUGUAUCUAUUGAAGAAAACCUUUCAUGGUCGGAGUUUGUUUUCAAAAACGUCGAGGAAUAUGGAAACACCACAGCGAUUGUAAGUUUGUAAAGCUUAAUAUGUAUUCAUAAACUGUAAACCUGAAAAUAUUGCAACAGUUCCGCUUCAUGAGUUGACGGAAGCUGCUAAGUUCGUUGUGCUUUACAUUAAAACCACACGAAUGAGCCAAAGUGCGAUAUAUCUUUAGUCAGCUUUGAUAUUUAAAGUGGUAUUUUCGAGUUUGGAGCUGUGGAAGUUGAAUGAGUGAACAUAGCAGACAUAAGGCCUAAUCCGAUACAUCAAACUGGUAUCCCGUGCAACUUCCAGAACUUCAAUUUGGUUCAGGGUAACCUACUACCUAUAUAUAUCUCGCCAUGUUUUUGUAGUUUAUACGUUAUAUCUUGGUUACUAACACAUAGUUGGAAGACCGAACUGGGCAUUGUAAUAAGUUGAAGAACAAUAGCCCCGCCAGAUCGGGUUAAGGAAACAAACUAAGAUUGCAUGCAAUCAGUGUUUCCUUUGUCAUGCUCAAGCAACUGGAACGGAGAUGCCAAUAUUGUAAUUAGCACAGUUCUCGUUAGAAUUGAUUAUCAAUGGAUAAGGUCGGCGCUUAAGAAACCAGUAACGCUUUCCAUUUGUAUGGAAAACCCGUUAAUUGCGGGGAUAAUUCAAUUGGAACGGUUCAUCCCAGUGGACAUUUUCCACAAAAAAGUAAUACCCUUUGAGGUAUUACCUUUUUCCCGUUUUUACCGAGAGGAUGGAAAUUCUUUAUACCUUUUGUUUGAUUAACCAGUGCCAGGCUUCCUCUUGAGGCGGAGGGUGAUUUGUUUUAACCCAGGCCCACUCGUUAGCUGGUGUUUUGCAAAUGAUACAAUUCUAACCCAUUCCCCUUUUCGGAAACUUUUUCAAAUCCGGUGCCAUUUGUCAGAAAUUUUUUACUGAAAUUUGCUAACAAAUGGUAAGCGCUCCAUUUGUUCGUGAAAAAUAAUGCUGGCUUAUAUUAAAGGUAUGGAUUGAAUUUUGUCUGCCAAAGUUUUGAAUACAUUCGACUCUUUCUUAACGGACACCUUUAAGACGUGACUGACACCAUGUAUUCCAUUUAUUUGACCCUCUAUAUGACGGACAUUACUCUUAGACAGAGACUUGAGGCAGGUCCCAAAGGUGUCCCUCCAAGAGGGAAUUUACUGUAUGAGUAAAAGGGAAAACUGUUUAAUUGUAGAGGACAGAUCCACUCAUGUUUUUCAUAGAAUCACUUCAAUGCCUUUGUCAUGUUCAUGUUCAUAUCUUUGUUCUUUGUCGUAUUGUUCAUAGUGGAUAAUGUGUAUAAAGGGUUUCGUUUAUCGUUUGUCUCUCGAUUGUCACUUUUAAAAUGUCUUUGUUUGGAAAAUACAGUAAAUUCUCUCUUAGACGGACACCUUUGGUAGCGGCCAAAGGCGUCCGUCUAAGAGUAAUGUCCGUCUUAUAGAGGGUCAGAUAAAUGGAGUACAGAAAGGUAGGGUCCAAGUCUAGGUGUUUAUUUUACCGAAGUGUCAGUUAUGUAGAGGUGUCCGGUAAGAGAAGGUCGAAUGUAAUCGUAGUCUAUAAAUCUAUUAGCUGAUGAUAAUGUGGUUGUAUUUUUUGUUCUUCAAAGGUGUGCGGAUCCACAAAAAUCUCCUACACUUUUUCUCAAGUAAGAGAUCUAAGUAGGAAGUUUGGUUCGGCUCUAAGCAAUAGAGGGAUAAUCAAAGGUGAUGUGGUGGCGAUCUUGGCUCCGAAUGUUCCCGAGUUUGCCAUUAUAUUCCUUGGUGUGCUUCAAAUUGGUGGAGUUGUGACAGGUGUCAAUCCACAUUUCACGUGUCAAGAAUUGACCAAUCAGCUUAAGGAGUCCAAUGCAAGGUGCAUUGUUGCUAGUCACCAGUUGGCACACCGAGCCAAGGAGUCAUCACGUGUUCUGAAAAUAGAUCACGUGUUUAUUAUCGGCGAUGAUGAUGAAUGUGAGUUGGUCUCAAACCUUCUCAAAGAAGAUGACUCUCACUUGCCACUUGUGACUUUCAACCCGAGAGAAGACUUAGCCAUUCUUCCGUUUUCCAUUGGUAUCAGUGGCCUACCCAAGGCUGUCAUGAUAACUCAUUACAAUUUAGUCUCGUUUGGUUCCUUGGUGAGCGCUGAAGAAUUCAUGGAUUUUAGAGAAAAUUCAAGGGUCUUCACAACCGCACCUUUCUACCAAGUCUUUGGUUCAAUAGCUGUGUUGUCUCUUUGCCUGUUCCGUGGAGCCACCCUAAUCUCCGUGCCAAGAUUUGAAUACAGCAAAGUUUUCCAUCUCUUGCAAGACCAUAAGGUGCGAAGUAGUAUUGCAAAUCGAAUGCGUACAUGGGUAGAUGGACUUUCGACUAUACCGCACACUUAUUGCACUAAAGGAUAGCAAUCGUUAUCUGAAAAAAUAAACAGUAUAAGCUGUUCUUGCGACCACUCUCUUAAGCGACAAGCUCAAGGUGCGACCAGAAUUCCAAUGUUUUGAAAAUUGCACAAGUUUAGAAUUCCUAUGUUUGGAAAAAGGCGAAAUUUAGAAUUCCAAUGUUUGGAAAAAGCCAAAAUUUAGAAUUCAAACGUUUGAAAAAGCUAAAAUUUAGAAUUCCAAUGUUUGGAAAAGCUAAAAUUUAGAAUUCCAAUGUUUAAAAAAGCUUAACUUUUAGAAUUCCAAUGUUUGGAAAAAGCCAAAAUUUAGAAUUCCAAUGUUUGGAAAAGCUAAAAUUUAGAAUUCCAAUGUUUGGAAAAGCUAAACUUCAGAAUUCCAAUGUUUGAAGAAAGGGGAAAUUUAGAAUUUCAAUCUUUGAAAAAAGGCGAAAUUUGAAAUUCCAAUGUUUGGGAAAAGCAAAAAUUUAGCAUUCGAAUCGUUCGAAAAAGGCGAAAUUUAUAAUUCCAGUGUUUGGAAAAGGCAAAAUUUGGAAUUCCAAUAAUUGGAAAAAGCCAAAAUUUUGAAUUCGAAUGUGUGGAAAUACCAAAAUGUAGAAUACAGAUGUUUGGGAAUUGCCGACAUUUACAAUUCCAAUGUUUCGAAAAAGCCAAAAUUUAGAAUUCCAAUGUUUGGAAAAAAGAGCAAAUUUAGAUUUUUAAUGUUUGGAAAAAGGCGAAAUUUAGAAGUCCAAUGUUUGGAAAAAGUCCAAACUUAGAAUUCCAAUGUUUGGAAAAAGCCAAAAUUUAGAAUUCCAAUGUUUGGAAAAGGCAAAUUUUGGAAUUCCAGUAAUUGGAAAAAGCCAAAAUUUUGAAUUCAAAUGUGUGGAAACACUAAAAUGUAGAAUACAGAUGUUUGGAAAUUACUAAAAUUUACAAUUCCAAUGUUUCGAAAAAGCCAAAAUUUAGAAUUCCGAUCUUUGGAAAGAGCCAAAAUGUGGAAUUCCAAUCUUUGAAAAACGCCAAAGUGUAAAAUUGCAAAGUUUAAAAAAGGCAAAAUUUGGGAUUCCAAUGUUUGGAAAAAGGAAAAUUUUAGAAUUCCAAUGUUUGGAAAAGUUGAAAUUUAAAAGUCCAAUGCUUGGAAAAAGGCCAAAUUUAGAAUUCCAGUGUUUAGAAAAAGUCAAAAUUUAGAAUUUCAAUGUUUGGAAAAAGCCAAAAGUUAGAAUUUCAAUGUUUGGAAAAGCCAAAGUUUAGAUUUCCAAUGUUUGGAAAAGGUAAAAUUUAAAAUUCCAAUGACUGGAAAAAGCCGAAAUUUAGAAUUCCAAUGUUUGGAAAAGUUAAAUUUUUGAAUUCUAAUGUUUGGAAAAGCCAGAUUUUAGAAUUCCAAUAUUUGGAAAAUUUAACAUUUAGAAUUCCAAUGUUUAGGAAAAGCCAAAAUUUAGAAUACCAAUAUUUGGAAAAGACAAAACUUAGAAUUGGAAUCCUUUUAAAAAGCCAAAAUUUAGAAUUUCAAUGUUUGGAAAAAGCCAAAGGUUAGAAUUUAAAUGUUUGGAAAAGCCAAAAUUUAGAAUUCCAAUGUUUGGAAAAAGGCGAAAUUUAGAAUUCCAAUGUUUGGAAAAAGCCAAAAUUUAGAAUUCUAAUGUGUGGAAAAGCCAAAAUUUAGACUCCCAAUCUUUGGAAAAAGGCAAAAUUUAAAAUUCCAACGUUUGGAAAAAGCCAAAGGUUAGAAUUUCAAUGUUUGGAAAAGCCAAAAUUUAGAAUUCCAAUGUUGGGAAAAAACCAAAAUUUAAAAUUCCAAUGUUUGGAAAAGCCAAAAUUUAUAAUUCCAAUGUUUGCAAAAAGGCGAAAUUUAGAAUUCCAAUGUUUGGAAAAAGCCAAAAUUUAGAAUUCUAAUGUGUGGAAAAGCCAAAAUUUAGAAUUCCAAUCUUUGGAUAAAGACAAAAUUUAAAAUUUCAACUUUUGGAAAAAAUCAAAAAUUUAGAAUUCAAGUCUUUCGAAAAAGGCCAAAUUUAAAAUUCCGGUGUUUACAAAAAUGCGAAAUUUAGAAUACCAAUGUUUGGAAAAAGGAGAAAUUUAGAAUUUAAAUGUUUGGAAUAAGCGAAAAUUUAGAAUUCCAAUGUUUCGAAAUGGCCAAAAUUUGGAAUUCCAAUGUUUAAAAAAGCCAAAAAUUUAGAAUUCCAAUGUAUGGAAAAGGGAAAAUUUAGAAUUGCAAUAAUUGGAAAAAGAAAACAUUUUGAAUUCCAAUGUGUGGAAUUGCCAAAAUGUAGAAUACAGAUGUUUGGAAACUGUCGAAAUUUAAAAUUCCACUGUUUCGAAAAAGCCAAAAUUUAGAAUUCCAAUCUUUGGAAAACGCCAAAAUCAAAAUUGCAAAUUUUGGAAAAGGCAAAAUUUGGGAUUCCUAUGUUUGGAAAAAGCAAAAAUUUAGAUUCGCAAUGUUUGGAAAAGUCAAAAUUUUGAAUUCAGACGUUUGGAAAAGACAAAUUUAAAAUUCCAAUCUUUGGAAAAAGCCUAAAUUUAAAAUUCCAACCUUUGGAAAAAGCCCAAAUUUAGAAUACCAAUGUUUGGAAAAAGUCAAAAUUUGGGAUUCCAAUAGUUGAAAAAACCCAAAAUUCAGAAUUCCUUAUGUUUGGAAAAGCCAAAGUUUAGAAUUUUAAUGUUUGGAAAGGGCAAAAUUUGGGAUUCCAAUGUUUGGACAAAGCAAAAAUGUAGAAUUCCAAAGUUUGGAAUAGCCUAAGUUUAGAAUUCCAAUGUUUGGAAAAGCCAAAGUUUAGAAUUCCAAUGUUUUUAAAUAGCAAAAUUUAGAAUUUUUAAUUAAUGUUUGAAAAAGAUCAAAAUUUAAAAUUCCAAUGUUUGGAAAAGCUAAAAUUUAGAAUUCCAAUGAUUGAAAAGAGCAAAAAUUUAGAAUUCUAAUGUUUGGAAAAAACAAAAUUUAGAAUUCCAGUGGUUGGAAAAAGUGGACAUUUAGGAUUCGAAUGUUCGGAAAAAGCCAAAAUUUAGGAUUCGAGUGUUUGGAAAAGCCAAAGUUUAGAAUUCCAGUGUUUGGAAAAGACAAAAUUUAGAAUUCCAUUGUUUGGAAAAAACCAGAAUUUAGAAUUCCAAUGUGUUGAAAAGCUUAAGUUUAGAAUGGCAAUGUUCAGAAAAGCUAACAUUUACAAUUCAAAUGUUUGGAAAAAGUUAAUAUUUGGAAUUCCAAUGUUUGGAAAAAAGAAAAUUUAGAAUUCCAAUGUUUGGAAAAAGGGGAAAUUUAGAAUUGGAAUGUUUGAAAAAAGGCGAAAUGUAGAAUUUCAAUGUUUGGAAAAGGCCUAAAUUUAGAAUGAAGGCGAAAUUUAGAAUUUCAAUGUUUGGAAAAAGCCAAAAUUUUAAAUUCUGGCUUUUCCAAACUUUGAAAUUCUAAAUUUUGUAAGAAAUUAAGGGUAAACGAGACGAAAUUAAGUGUACACAAGUCAAGGAUUCAUUUAUGAGUACUGAGUCACAUUACUUUAACCGUUACCUAGUCCCUAGUCCUACCUCUAAAGAAAACCCAAAACCUAACCAUGACCUCUAAUCUGGUUCGCAACUUGACUUGUAACUCUUAGUGAGUCAUAAUUUUGAGAAAACAAGAUUUCUCCUUCGUUUGAACUGUAGCGACUGUUCGAGCGUCCAAGAUUUAAGCUUCUUACAUUGGUUUGCAGGUGACUCAUCUUGUAACAGAGGCGUCAACAGUGCAUGCGAUAUCUAAACAUCCAACGGUCGACAAUCACGACUUGACCUCACUAACCCAGAUAAUAUCAAGUUCUUCUUCGUUAAGCAAGGAGACGUCAAGAAAUGUGAUCAAACGUAUACCUCGAUUGAAAAGAAUCAGUCAAUGUGAGUGAACCCUGUAUACACUGGCAGAUACAGGGGAGGGGCCCGGGAGGCCCGCCCCCCCUUGUGUUUAGACCAAACUGAGGCCCGAGGGGCCGAAAAAGUUUUUUUUGUGACCGCCCCCCUCCUCCUCCUUAUCUGGAGGUCUGGAUGCGCCACUGGUAUGAACACAUGACAUUAUCACUAUCCCUGUCGUCCCUUUAUUGUCCUUACUUCUUGUUGCUAUUUCCUUCGCCUUCCUUCGCUUCGCUUCCUCUCCUUUUCCAGUGACAGUCUUUCCAUCGUGUCUUUUUUUUGUUCAUUUUACUCUCAAUAUAAUUCAAUAUAAUUUAAGAACAGUGGAGGCGUGUGUGGCCGAGCAGUCAACACCUCGAACUCUGGUCGGGGGUUCAAGCCUCGCCCAUCGCGUUGUUUCCUUAGACAAGGAAGUUUACUCCACUUUGUCUCUCUUCACCCAGGUGUAUAAAUGGAUGUCGGCGACAUACGGCUUGGGGGUAACCCUGCGAUGGGCUAGCAUGCCGUCCAGGGGGGAGUAGCAAUACUCCUAGGCUUGCUUUCUGCUACGGAAACCGGAAAAAGGCUCCGGCCGUGUAGGCCUUUGGCUCGAGUGAGCCUUUACCUUUUUUUCAUAAUUUAAGAACACACUGGGCAAAGGUCGUCCGGUUUGCCAACAGAUUUGUUCCUGAAAAUCUGUUUGAUGAUUAUACGUUUUGCUUUGUUGAGCAUCUGAAUUGGAUACGUUCUCGAAAUUAGUUUAAUUACAACCUCUAAAAAUAACUUUAGUGAAAUUCAGAUAUCCCGGCCAACGCAAACGCCCGAAGAAUCCCUCUCUGUCGCAUUAUUCUCUGUUAAUCCGACUUAGAUAAAUAAACUCAAAACAAGGCUCAUCUCCGUAAACUAUAUACUACUCAUGCACAUGUGCAAGCGACGAAGUGAAGAGGAAUGUAGCGCUGAAACUGAUCGUUAUGUUCAGCAGGCUACAGCAUGACAGAAUGCACUUCUAUUAGUCACAUGACCUCGCCAAUGGAUGCAAAAGACGGAUCAGUAGGGGUUCUUCUUCCAAACCUUGAGUGUAAGGUAAAGAAAUGAUAUGCUUAUAAAGUAACAUGACAGAAAUAGAUGGGAGAUGAAGGUGGCGGCUAUUUGGAAUUGUGAAGACUUUAUUACCGUGUUUUAAAUUCGCCAUUAAUAGCGCUGUGCACAGAUUCUAAAAAUAGUCUACGUCUGAUAAGACCCCCAGCAAGACUCAGACAAACUUUGCUUCUCACUCAAAGGCUUUGUAUGCGCGUUUACUGAGUGUUGAGGCAAAAUAAGGUAAACAACAAGUGUUACAGCUGGGAAGAAUGUGAGAGGGACCCAAGGAUCCCUGAAGAAGUGGUCUGAGUCACUAAAUAAAUGCGAGAAAUCCGGAAGGGAAGCGACGUACACUGUGUUUUGUGGCAGUGACCAGGCAGCCGGGAAAUGUUUUAAAAGUGUUAGAUACGUGAUAGUCUUAAAUUUAUUCCAUUUUCACGAAUUCUCCGAUUGAAUUCUUCUAAAAACAUAAAAUGCUUCUGUAGAAAUCUCAAGCGAUUUCAAGUAUUGCACUUGGUUUCACGUUUUUGUGACGUCAUCUGUACGCAGCGCUAUUCGCAAUUAAUUUGUCAUGCAAUAAAACCACUUAGUCUCAGACUCGCCGCUAAAAAGAAUUCAGUUUUCUUUACCCUUGGCUUCAUUCUCAUUGAAUUUUACUACCUCUUUGGAACCUUGAAUAAAUAGAAAAAAAAAUAGAAAACUGAUCGGGUCUGAAUCGGGUCAAAUUGUCAUAAAGGGAACGCAGAUGUUUGUGAUAUCUUUCUUCCGGAUAAUUUUCUAUUUAAGGUGUGUGAUGUAACUACAGGUCAAACACUGGAUCGCGGACAAUGCGGUGAAAUUUGUGUCAGAGGGCCGACGGUAAUGAAAGGUGAGUUCUAUUGUACUGUCCUACAGGCACUAACGCAAUAACUCUCUUAAAACACGCCAGCAAAGUUCAGGUCCCGGUUGUUUAUAAGCGGAUAGCAUUAUUCACCGAAUAAAUAACUAUCCAGACUAUUAAAGAAACCAAUGACGCUUUCCACUGGAUAGAUAUUUUCUCAGUGAAUAGCGUUAUCCACCUUUGGAACAAAUCGACUCACUUGCUGUGGGCUAACCUUCUUAAAAAGACCGAGGAGUUGACCUCCAUCUAGCGCCCAGGCGAGGUUUCAAUUUUAGCCCCUCCUUUUUGGCCGUUUUGAAGGUCAAGCGUGAGACUGAGUCGGUGUUGUGUCGAAUUACACUAUGGGACCGUUUUAGAGACGUCAUCUCCUCUUUUAUUGGCUGUUACGAGGUUGCGCAGGAAACUGGGUCGAAAUUCCUUCCCCCAAACAGUCCCAUAGUGCAAUUCGAUACGACACGGACCCAGUCGCCAGCUCAUCUUCCAAAAUAUAGCCAAUAGCAAUUUUGCCUCCUUUCCCAUGCAAGGCGACUGGACAGUUCUUACGACAACAACCGGAUGGUUCAGGGAAUAAAUAAAACACGGCUGUGCAUAUAACUGGAUCUUCUAGCAAUCAUUUGAACCAAUUAAUCAUUUCUUUUAGAUAAUCUAAUACAGAAUAGCGGAUUUAAGACUGAAGGUUUCAAUUUAUUUGGAACCUAGUUUUUUUGAUGUUUUAAGAUUUACUGGCGCAUGUGUUCUGCGGACUUGUAAAAUAAUUAAGAUAUUAUCAAUAUAGAAUUCAUUCUGUACCUCUCACGCGCCCGGGUUUUCUUAUUUUCUUCAUUUUUCUUUAUCUCUUGGUUGCCUUCAGGUUAUUUGAAAAGCAAAGAGGCUACUGAUCUUAUGAUCGAUACAGAAGGCUGGCUUCACACGGGUGAUUUGGGAUACUACGACCGAGACGAACAUUUUUUCAUCGUCGACAAAAUAAAAGAUCUUAUCAAAGUCAGAGGGCACCAGGUGGGUCUUAACUUUCUUACACAGACCCUCGACAAGAAAAUAGAACGCGCAAGCUUUCACUAGUUUACAGCGGUAGAAAUCUAAAAACUUGCACUCUGCGGGUCGUAGAAUAAAUUUUAAGUAGUAUAUGUAUACUAAUGAAAAAUAGUAUAAAAAACGUCACAAUUCCCCACUCCGGAAACCAUAAGGGAAAUGGCUACAAGCUUUCGGCGCAACGAUUUCUGGAAUCAUUUGGCUGGACAAGCAGUCCUUGUGAUUGGUUAAUGGUUGCCUUGAGUACCAUCAACCAAUCUUAACUAUUGCUUGUCCACCCAAACAAUCCCAGAAAUGGUUGCGCCGAAAGCUUGUACUCAUUUUCCUUAUAGUUUCUGAAGAGGGGAAUUGGACAGAAUGUGCUGCUUUCCGAAGGGUCAUCUUGCGACGAGUUUGAGAGCAACUGUGCAUUGCCCAGUGGUGAGAAAGCUCGCGCGGCCUGCCGAUGUGACGAAGGUUCAAAUACCGAAGGCGUGGUCAUAUGUGGGUUGAGUUCGUUAGUGGUUCUCGUCUUUGCUCUAAAAGGUUUUUCUAUAGGUGCGCUAGUUUCCCUUCUCUUUCAAAAUCAGCAACUCCACAUUCCAACUCGAUUAAGAAUGUGGUAAAAGAAGAACCAGUCCAUAUUCCGGCUCCAUCAGAGAGAUAUGGUGUACGAAGAACUAGUAAGUAGGGUUGCUACUUCUGAAUUAUCAUUACGGUAUAACAUUAUUUAUUUAUUAAUAUUAUAUUUAUUAUAUUUUUUCCCUGUAUUUCACCCAGGUUUCCCCAUCAGAACUCGAGGUUCUCCUCAGGGCCCACCCGGCCAUUGAAGAUGCAGCGGUUGUUGGAGUCUCAGACCCCCAGAUUGGAGAACUACCAAUGGCAUAUGUUGUAAGCAAAAAUGAGGACGAACUUACUGAAAUGGAAAUAAUGCAAUAUGUGGACGAAAACGUUGCACCUCACAAGAGGCUGCAAGGUGGAGUGGAUUUUAUCUCUACCAUUCCAAAAGCUGUGAAUGGUGAAAUACUUCGAGCUGAAUUGAGAGAGCUGUACAAAAGCAACAAGUCGAAAAUGCAGGCACGAAGAGGAUCGUUGCCUUGGAAUGAGGAAAAACGUUGGUCUUCAAAGAGACACUCUAUAAUGGGUCCUAGCUCAAGAGCACAGCAUCGUGGUACAGUUUCAGAAGAAAUACCCAGAAAUGUGGCCCGAUCACAAAGUUGUGCACUUCUGUAAAUAAAAUGUUUUGUCUUCGUAAUCUAUGAGCGACACAUUAAAAACAGACUUUAUAAAUAGUUCUUGAUGAAGACCUGAGCUAGAGGGAGAGAUUUUAACGUCUUCAUAUCACAAUUUCCGGGUCUUGGCUCAAUUGAUCGGUUAGGAAUAAAAACGUAGCAGUUGAUUCAAUAAGGCAAUCCGCAAACUCAGGUGGUAGUGGGAUAUGUGUGUAUGAACCUUACACUGUUUCCACCUCGAAAUUCAGGGCGGCCGCCAUCAUAAUUGCCAUAUUAUUAUCUAACAAAUCACCUGGCUUUGAUAAAGACAAUAUUAAAAACUUCCCGCAAAAAAGUACUGACCUUAUAAACACCUAGUUCACAGAAGGCUGCAUCCCUAUAACUUGGAAGUUGGCUGAAGUCGUUCCUCAUCUAAAGAGAGGGGAACGUGAGAUGGCAACCAAUAAUCGACCUUUCUAUCACUACUACCAACCUUGUCCAAAGUUAUUGAACUGAUAGCGCAUUAGCAGUGUGUAAUUACUUUAUCUUUAAGGGCAAAUUGUCCAUCAAAAACCACUCAAUA